AUGGCGACUACGAUGAAUCCCCUCAACAUGUUGAGCAGGUGGUAUUGGGGAGUGACACCCGAGGAAGAUGUGUUUGAUGCCAAACUCCAUCUCCAUUACAUCCCACCUUCAAAGAAAUUCACAAUGGAAGAUCUGAAUCUCGAAUCUAGUCCUUCCGCAUCUCCUGUUGCAGGAACAGUGCCAUUCUCCCUUCUAUCAGCCGAAGGAGUCAGAGCUUAUCGAAGAGCCCUGUUCCGCAAAGAGGUGAUAGACAACUGCGCCAGCUCUCCUUUCCCGGGAACAUUGGUACUACGCGAUGCAGUGAAAAGGUCGAAAUUCAUCAAUGACUUCUGGAUGCACCCCGAAACAAUGAAAAUUGUCUCGGAGGCUGCCGGUGUACCUCUGGAGGUGGUGAUGCCAACGGAGAUAGGACAUACCAACAUCCAAGUCCAAGGCACUACUAUUGCGGAGAUGUCUGGAAAUCUGCAAGUCGAGCCAUCGGUUGAGAAGCUCGAGCUGAGCCCUGAAGAUCGAGCAUAUGAUCCUUUGAAUGACACCAAAUCCAUCAUACCCUGGCACUAUGACUCGUACCCCUACGUUUGUGUCCUGAUGCUUAGUGAAACCGAAGGCAUGAUUGGCGGGGAGACAUACAUCAAGAAAGGAAAUGGAGAAGCUCAGAAGGUCGAAGGACCACAACUUGGACAUGCAGUCAUGCUCCAAGGGGGAGAAGUGUGCCAUCUAGCUGCUCGUGCAAAAGGCGUGAAAGAACGCAUCUCUACCAUCACCUCCUAUCGCUCAAAGAUGCCAGGCGUCUACGACUCCAGUUACAUAACCAACGUUCGACCAUACGCCGACACAUCUUCACUUUACUCCGAAUGGGCCCACUACCGCCUCCGAAAAAUGAGAGACGAGCUGACAUAUCUCCUCGAGAAAGCUGAAACCGAAGAUGAUCCGGCGCAAGAAAGCAAUACUAUACAAACCCUCAUUGAUCACCAAAUCGAUUACCUGCAAAGGACAUCUAGACAAAUGGUGGAUCCAAAGUACACCCAACAAGUCAUCAAUCGCCUUGGCAAGCCAGCAUAUUAUGAUGCGCCGAGGAUUUGGAAAGUUGUCCAAUCACUUCCAGAGUUUGAGAGUCUUGCGUCGGCAGCGGAUGCGAAGCGACAGUGGAUGCCGGAAAGCUGUUGGUGGAUGGACCUACAAAACUCGAUUGAGAAGAUUAGGAUCGGGAAGCCGGUUCAGAGCGCACUUGGAACCGCUGUGUUGGAAAAAGGUCAGUCUUAUCAUAUGGGAGAUGAACUUUUGCGCCAAGGGCUCAAUGAAGUGUUCCUGGACUGGCUCGAUGACUCGGGUCUCUGGGAACUCUACUGCAAGGCCUGA